ACAGUACUCUGUGCAGCCCAGCAUUCAGCUCAGCCUGAGGCUUCCCAGGUGAAAGGCCUUGUGGGAAAGAUUCACUGUUUUCCAGUGAUGGUGUUGAAGUCUGGCAAUUUACUUUAUGGAGACCUUGGCAAUAUUGCACACGUGUACCUUGGUCAACAAACUUAUACCAACCUUGAGAAGAGAUUUAAAAACCGCCUUCACUGGAACAAUGUCACUGGAUUCUUCACUUUGACAGAUCUACAAAUUGACAAUUCCGGGGUUUAUACUGUGGAGAAUACAGAUGAAGGGAAGACAACACAUACAUUUCAGUUGACUGUGUACUAUGUUCUGUCCAAACCUCAGGUGACGGUCCAUGAUAACAUCUCCUGUAGCGUGGUGUGUUCUGUGGAGAACGGGAGAGAUGUGACCCUGUCCUGGUACAAAGGAGGGGAGAUACUCAACCAGACCAGCAGCCCUGACCACAACAUCACCCUCUCUCUACCUCUCAAGGUGGAUGAACAGAACAGAGACUCUUACAGAUGUGAGGCUGCCAACCCAGUCAGCAAGGAGACAGCUGUUGUUCCACAAUCCUGUAUAGAGAGUGAUCCCUCUACGGUGAAAGAUGGUGAUGAGAGGACUCAAGGUUGUCUUAUUAUUGCUGUAAUCUGUGUUCUGGUUGCUUCAGGACUUGUUGGUCUUGCAAUAUAUCUUAAGAGGAGAAACGGACACUCACAUGCAGAUUCACCUGAAAGAAAGCAAGAUGAUGUUCAGUAUGCAGAGAUAACUCACAUUAAACCAGCAGAAAACCAGGAGGAGCGAACAGGUAUACAAGGACUGGAGUCACUUAGAGACCACCCUAACCUGACAGUUUAUGAUACACUCCAGUUACAUCGCAUGGCUGCCAGCGAGGAUGUUGACACUGCAUGAAGGUGCAAAACAGGAAGGUUCUGAGAGAUUGACAUGGUAAUUCACAUCCAAGAGAAGGCGUUACAUCCUAAAGUGGACGUUGAGACAGAAUUAUAGUAAAUAUUAGUUUAGGAAACCUAAUGGAGUCACAGUUGUUAUUGGACAAAAUUCCCAUUGAACCAUUGCGCUAUCGGUUCAGACUUCCUGUGUUGGUCAUUCUCACAUUCUUUUGUUGAAUUGGGGCCUCGAUGAGAUUAACUGAUACAGACAAAUUCAAUAACUAUGCCUAGGGUUAUUAGUAGGAUGAUCCCUCUUUUCAAGUGCCCAUUGUCCCAAUGUAUAGAUUAAAACAAAUGGAGCAUCUUUUAAUACAAUUCACUAGUAUGUUUGCUAUGCUGUAGCUGGGCCAAAGCUUAUUUUCAGCACUGCAUCACAGUGCUAGCUUUGCCACUAGAAAUCCUGGUUCGUGUCCAGUCUCUGUGGAGACCCAUGGGGAGGUGCACAAUUGGCCCAGUGUUGUUAGGGGAGGGAUACAAUCACUCCCUCCUGCAGACACUCCUUCUAUUAGAGCAUUUUGUGCUCCACCUACGUUAGCCAAGAUACAGAAUAUAACUGUGAAAAAAUACCAAAUCUACUGAUACCAUAGUGAAUUGUUGCACUGGAGACUUUCAUUUUUAUAUUAGUUACCAAGUCUGAAUAUUAAGAUGAUAUAAUUCACAUUUCACUAUUAUAAAAUAAGCUUAUGACUUAUUCAAACGGAUAAAGAUUUGUUUACUGAGCUUUUUUAACUGACCUCCAAUAUAUUAAGGCAGACUUACCUAUACAUUUCAUUUAAAGUUAUACAAUCUUUGAUAUUUCCUAAUGUUAAAUGGUUGUCAAUCCCCCAAAGUUAUUUUAUUUUUUAUUUUACCUUUAUUUAACUAGGCAAGUCAGGAAAGAACAAAUUCUUAUUUUCAAUGACGGCCUAGGAACAGUGGGUAAACUGCCUUGUUCAGGGGCAGAACGACAGAUUUUUUAUCUUGCAAAGUAACCUUCUGGGUACUAGUCCAAUGCUCUAACCACUAGGCUACCUGCCGCCCAGUUACAGUUGAAGUCGUAAGUUUACAUACACCUUAGCCAAACAUAUUUAAACUCAGUUUUUCACCAUUCCUGACAUU